CGCGGGGUCCUUCCUCCGUCUGUCCGCGCCGGGGUCAUGGCGGCCGCCGUGGCUCUCCGUGGUCGGGCUCUGCUGUGGGCAGGAGCUGCUUUACUGCGUCAAGGAGGCGUCGGGGAGCUAGUGCGGGUGCGAAUUGAAGGGAGCACCCCGGGACGCGACUUCAGUCUCUCUCAUUACCGGAACACGGUUAUCGUGGAGCGCUGGUGGAAGGUGCCGCUAGCCGGGGAGGGACGGAAGCCGCGCCUGCACCGACGACACCGCGUGUAUAAGCUGGUGGAGGACACGAAACACCGGCCCAAGGAGAACCUGGAGCUCAUCCUCACGCAGUCUGUGGACGAAAUUGGAGUCCGGGGUGAUCUGGUUUCAGUGACGAAAUCCGUGGGUCGUAAUAAGCUCCUUUCUCAGGGACUGGCUGUGUAUGCAUCCCCUGAAAAUAAGAAGUUAUUUGAAGAGGAGAAAUUGCUGAGACAAGAAGGAAAAUUGGAGAAGAUCCAGACGAAGGUUGGAGAGAUGACAGUGAAAUUUCUGAGAAACUGUCAUCUAGAAGUGGGAAUGAAGAACAAUGUCAAAUGGGAACUAAACCCUGAAAUCGUUGCCCGCCAUUUCUUCAAGAAUCUUGGUGUUGUUGUUGCCCCGCAUGUUCUGAAGUUACCAGAGGAACCUAUCACUCGGUGGGGCGAGUACUGGUGUGAUGUGACUGUGAAUGGAAUCGACACUGUGAGAGUUCCCAUGUCUGUAGUGCUCUUUCAGAAGCCCAAGACUAAAAGAUAUAAGCACUGGUUAGCCCAGCAAGCUGCCAAGAACAUGGACCCCACCAGCUCCCAGACAGUCUGAAUGUUCUCUGCCCCCCAAAUCCAUAAAGCAGAGUCAGAAGAGCAUUGGAGUAUAAUGGGCCAGUGUGUGAAACUGUCCCAUCUCUGAGCAAGAUGGAUCGUGGAGAGCGUGUGUAUUCAGGCUGAACUGUACAUACAUGUAAGGUUCUCUAUGUUUGCCAUCUCUGCCCUCAGUGCUCAUCACACCCAACUGUAUUGCAACAUUCUGCAAGCAGGAGCUUUUAUAAGCUGAAUAUCAGUGACUGGCAGUCUUCUUAGCCAUUCCUUCUGUUGGAAAGUGCAUGCGAACAAGUGAAAGGGCCUGGUCAUUGUUCUGCAGUUGCUUUCGUCUCAUCCAGAUUGUGUCUCAUGCAGAAAUAAAGGACUUCAGUUGAUUUUGAGCAGGUUACCAAGUAAGGUGUCUUGAGCCGUGGAGUCUGGUACAAAGAAGGAAAUGACAACCAUUCUGAGUCCUACAAUUGCCAUGAGCAGACUACUCUGCAUAUAGCCAAUAUGUCUGCUCUUAAAACUUUCUCUUUUUCCAUGUGAGUGACACAUGGAUUCCACCAAGAUCUGAAUAAGGCCUAAGGAUGAUUGACAGAGAAAGUGAAGCUGGGAUUUAAAAAGUUUAAAAGGAGUUCUUAACCAGCUGCUGACAUUCCAUAAAUAAACCCUGAUUUUUCCAGACUGAGAAUAAGCAGGAGAUGAUUCAAGAAUAGAUGUCAUAGGCUGGGCAUGGUGGUAGACACCUUUAAUCCCAGCAUUCAGGAAGAGAGCCACUGUGGACUAGCUGGAACACAAGCUGUAAGCCUCCCUAAUAAAUCCUCUUUAUGUGCAGUUCUGUUCUUCUAGAGCAACAGUUUGCAACCUGGGGGGUCAUAUUAGUAUCCUGCAUAUCAAAUAUUUACAUUAUGAUUCAUAACAGUGAAAAAAUUACAAUUAUGAAAUAGCAACAAAAUAAUUUGUGGCUGGAGAUCACCACAACAUGGGGAACUAUUUUAAAGGGUCACAGCAUUAGGAAGGCUGAGGACCACUGUCCUAGAACCCUGACUAAUAGGAUACUUUUCUAGAGACCUGAGUUUGGUUCUCACCACCUACAUUAAAUAGCUCAUAACCACCUAAGACUCUACCUCCAGGGAGUUCUCACCAGUGCCCUUAUCUCUGUGGGCACCCACACAUUGUUCAUACACACAAUUAAUUUAAAAAAAAAAAAAACUUUUAUAAGACUAAUGAACACUAAAUGCUGCUCGGGACCCAGCCAGCAAAGCUUGAACGUACUUUCAUCUAACCAAUAUGAAGUGUGUCAAAAAUCCAAUCCAAUACUUAUUAAAGAAAUGACAAGAUCUACCCCUCAGCAAAAAUUUUCAGUUGUCUGACAUCUAAUUAAAUACCUUCUUAAUGAGAAGAAAAUGUUGCCCAGAACUAAGAAGUGUAUAUUUGGUACAUGGUUAAAUGUUUACAAUAGGUUAACUACAUAUAACAACUCCAGCAAGAAUGCAACCCAAUUUAAAAAGGCCAAAGGGUGACUUAUCCUUGAUGAGAAUUAUGAGUUCAAGGCCAUCCUGGGCUACUCCAGGGGACUCGGCCAUAUAUGGAGAUAAACACACACACUGUGACACACAAAACCAUCCUCGGGGCUGGAGAGGGCUCUGUGGCUGCUCUUCCAGAGGGCCUGGGUUCAAUCCCUAGCACUCACAUGGCAGCUCACAAACAUCUAUAACUUUGGUUCCAGAGGAUCUAAUGCCCUAUGCUGGUCUCUACUGACACUAGGAACACACAUGAUGCACAAACAUACAUGCAGGCAGAAUACCCAUACACAUUUUUUUUGAGACAGGGUUUCCUUGUGUAGCCUCUGCCUCCCUGAGUGCUAGGACUACAGGCAUGUGCCACUGAGCCCAGUUACCCAUACACAUUUUUUUAAAAGUACUUACUCUCCUUAUUUUGACCAGUUUCUAGUCUAUAUUAACCAUUGAAACAGUGAAGUUUCUCUGGCCAAAGCCUUGAGCUGCACUAGAUUAAAGGCUUAAACCUAAGUGUGAAAUAACAGCCCUAAACAAGAUAUUUUUGUCACCUCCUCCAAGACUAGGGCACAUCAAGGAAUAGGGAGGAGAGCAAUUGUAAGAUUCCAGAUGGGUGGGUGGGAAGAGUGCUAGAAAUGAUACAUUCUGGACAUAACAGCCAUUGUCAUGAAUAGCAAUUAUGACAUGCAUAAAAAGGCAGGCAUGGUGGCGCACACAUUUCACCCCAGCACUUGGGGCAGAGGCAGGUGAUCUCUGAGUUUGGAGCCAGCCUGGUCUCUGUAACCAAUUGUAAGCCAGCCAGAGCUAUGCUGUGAGAUCAUGUCUCAAGAGAACUAAGAAGAUAAAAGGGUCUGGAGAGAUGGCUCAGCAGUUAAGGGUACUGUUCUUGUAGAGGAUUGGCGUCUCUGGCCUUCCAGGCACUGAACACAAGUAGACACGUGCAGCAAAUACCUAUACGUGUAAAAAUAGCAUUUAAAAAAAAUGAGCCUGGAAAGAUGGCUCAGUAGUUAGAAUACUUGUUGCUCCAGUAGAGGACCCAGGUUCGAUUCCCAGCAACCACACAGCUGCUCACAAUCAUCCAUAACUUAAACUCCAGGGAAUCUGAUGCCUUUUUCUGAUCUCUGGUCACAAAUGAAGAUGGUAUGGAUACAUACAUGUAAGCAAAAUAAUCAUACAUAAAAUAUUUUGUUAAAAUACA